ACCUCUCCAAUUCCAAUUUUCUACCAUUUUCAUUUCUUUGCAAAGAGAAAAAUGAGUUCUGUUGAAAAGACAAAACCGCAUGUGGUAUGUGUCCCAUUUCCAGCACAAGGCCAUAUUACACCCUUCAUGCAGCUAGCCAAGCUACUACACUACAGAGGUUUCCACAUAACCUUCGUCAACACAGAGUUCAACCACUGCCGCUUCAUCCGCUCCAGAGGUAAGGACGCCGUCCAUGGCCUGCCGGAUUUCUGCUUUGAAACCAUUCCCGAUGGGUUACCACCAUCUGAUCGCGAUGCAACGCAGGACGUUGCACCGCUCUGUGAUUCCACCAGAAAGAAUUGUUUCGUACCUUUCUUGGGGCUGCUUGGUAAGCUGAAUUCACAAGUACCACCGGUCACCUGCGUUGUCUCCGAUGGAGGUAUGGGCUUCGGUGUGAGAGCUGCUGAAGCACUUGGUAUACCGGCCGUUCAACUUUGGACUGCCUCUGCUUGUGGCUUUAUGGGAUAUUUGCAAUAUAGUGAAUUGUCUAAAAAAGGCAUUGUUCCAUUCAAAGAUGAAAAUUAUUUGAUUGAUGGUACACUAGAAACCCUAUUGGAUUGGGUUCCUGGAAUGAGUAACAUGAGAUUAAGGGAUAUUCCAAGCUUUAUCAGAACCACCGAUCCAAACGACAUAAUGUUUGAUUUCGUGAGAUCAGCAGCCGAAGACUGCUUGAAAUCACCGGUGAUUGCUUUCAACACAUUCGACGAGCUCGAAUAUGAAGUCCUGGAGGCAACUGCAGCCAAGUCCCCUUCCAUUUACACAAUUGGACCACUUCUCCUCUUAUCCAGGCACGUUCCUGAAACUAAAGUCAAGUCACUCAGGUCUAGCCUAUGGAAGGAGGAUUUUGACUACAUCAAGUGGCUAAAUGGAAGAGCAGAGAACUCCGUUGUGUACGUGAAUUACGGUAGCAUAACAACGAUGAGCGAAGAGCACUUGAAGGAAUUUGCAUGGGGACUUGCAAAUAGCAAAUACCAGUUUCUUUGGAUCCUCCGGUCUGACGUUGUGACAGGAUUGGGUUCUGCAAUUCUGCCUGGCGAAUUCUGUGAUGAGAUUAAGGAUCGAGGGAUGAUAACGAGUUGGUGCCCACAAGACCAAGCGUGCCAGUGAUCUGUUGGCCAUUCUUUGCUGAGCAACAGACAAAUUGUCGGUACGCUUGCACCACAUGGGAUAUUGGCAUGGAGAUUGAUCCUGACGUGAAGCGAAGUAACAUUGAGGUUCUUGUGAAGGAGAUGAUGGAAGGAGAUGAAGGAAAGCGGAGGAGGGAAAAGGCUCUAGAAUGGAAAAAGAAGGCGAAGACAGCUACCGAUGCAGGAGGAUCUUCUUAUCAGA